GCGAGGAGGGGGAGUGGGUGGGUGGACGCCAGCCGGAGCCAUCCCUCCUUCUCUCCAUCCCUCCCUUUUCCCUCCCUCCCUCCUUCCCUCUCUCUCCUCCAUCCUUGCCUUUGCCAUGGCCACCUGCUGCGUGGAUCCGCCGCGCGUGGGAGCCCAGCCGGGCGCCGGGGGGCCAAAGGGCCGCCCUUAAAGGCUCCCCUCCUCUCUUCUCCCCUUUCCCCUUUCCCCUCCCGGGACCCCCUCCCCACACCUGCCGCUGGAAAGGAAGGAAGGGAGAGAGGAGACGCCGCGGAGCAGCCGCAAGGGAGAAGAUGCCAUUCCAUCAUGUCACAGCUGGACUGUUGUAUAAGGGGAACUACCUGAACCGUUCCAUUUCGGCAGGCAGUGACAGUGAGACAUUGGCCAACAUCUCAGUAGAAGAAUUAGAUGAAAUCCGGGAAGCUUUUCGAAUACUGGACCGCGAUGGCAAUGGCUUCAUUUCCAAGCAGGAGCUGGGGAUGGCAAUGCGCUCAUUGGGAUACAUGCCUAGCGAGGUGGAGUUGGCAAUCAUUAUGCAGCGCCUUGACAUGGAUGGAGACGGUCAAGUUGACUUUGAUGAAUUCAUGACGAUCCUUGGACCAAAACUGGUGUCAUCAGAAGGACGGGAUGGCUUCUUGGGAAACACAAUUGACAGUAUCUUCUGGCAGUUUGACAUGCAACGGAUAACACUGGAGGAACUGAAACAUAUUCUCUACCAUGCAUUUCGGGAUCAUUUGACAAUGAAAGACAUUGAGAACAUUAUCAUCAAUGAGGAAGAGAGUUUAAAUGAGAACUCUGGAAACUGUCAGACUGAAUUCGAAGUGCAUUCUCAGAAACAGAACCGCCAGACCUGCGUACGGAAAAGCUUAAUAUGUGCUUUUGCUAUGGCCUUUAUUAUCAGUGUCAUGUUGAUCGCAGCCAACCAGAUCCUCCGAAGUGGCAUGGAGUAGCCACAACACUGUGAAACAAAACCAACGCAUGCGCAUGCUGCCUGACGAACUUUCUCCCCAAUUCAACUUCAAAGCAAACGGGCAAAGGAGAACGCAGGAGAGGAAGAGGACGAGAGGGAUGAAGAAGCAAAGCGCAACGAACCAGAGGCCAGCAGCGUCUGGGUUGAACAUCCAAUAUAUCCUUUUGGCAGGGACAUAAAAGGGCUGUCAAUGCUUUAAUGGCUUUCGUUUCCUAAUGCAAUAAAACAGGAGGAGCCCUGAUAUAUAUAUAUAUUUUUGGGUGGGGGAGUAGGGGUGGCUAGCGUUUUUUUCAGAGCGAGGAGUCACUGUCAUACCAGCUAUAGAUGUUCCAUUCAUCAAGACUGGAUGACACGAAAUCAGGUGUGUUUGUGGGCCUGGCUUCCUUUUGGGCCGGGAAGUUCCGACGAAGACCUUUCCAAUUGUCUGACUUUCCAAGGCAAUUGCUAUAUAUAUAUAUAACCACAACUACGUUCGAUUCAUAUUUUUUUU